GAUGUGCUGUCUGUCGUCUUAGGCUAAUUCGCACAUCAUCAAGAUGGAGUCCUACCAAAUAGGGCUUGGCAGGGGUCAUAGAUUGCAGUUGGUAGGAAUUGCACUUUAGGUAGGCAACUUGCAGGAAUUGCUCCGGUGCCGCGACCAGUGGCCACCGCCUUGUUGACCUGCUUACUUCUCUCAUCUUUUCGCUCAUAGACCGGGUCGUGUAGAUAGACGCCUCUAUACCUGUCUGCUUCCUCUGUUGUCUCGGCAUGCUACCUCAUGUAUUCGUUUUUCCUUGCUAGCAGUGACUGGGUGUCGCCCCUCCACCUCCAAAGCUAUUAUCCCGAAACCCGUCAAUCCAGAUGGUUCAGUCUCGGUCUACAUGACGCCGCGGAUGUCCAAUGGGUACAUAAAGUCGCGCAGUUUGCGCAGACUGGUUAUCUGCAGCUGACUAUCAUCGUUAUUUCAUUCCUGUUUCUUAUCAGAUAUUUACUUCAGAGAUCAUAUUCAAAGAUAUCUUUACCCGAAACCCACGCGUCUGCCAUUCUUUUGCCAUAUGAGUUAUGUAGCCAAAUCUUGCGGGCCACAUCAUUGGCUUUGAUGGCUGUUGCUGCUGUUCAGAUAGGCGGCAAAUGGACCAAUGUCGGUGUCAUCACGUAUGCCUUUUCCCUAGGCCUCCUACGGCUCUUUAACGAUCUGGAAUGGAGACACGUCGCAUUACAUCACGUGAACUUUCUUCUUGUGACUGCAUUGCUUGUCAUCGUUGCGGGAGAGUUACUCCCAUAUGUGGAUGUCACGUACAACCUCCUCCCAAAUGCUGUCCUCAUAGGCAGCAUAGCCAUAUUGGCUGCCGCUGUUAUUGUCGCCGCAAGCACACCGAGAGAAUGGGUUCCCCCAUCCAUAAGCUUAGACCUCUCUGACAGAAUCCCCACUCGAGAGCCUUCUCCUGAAGAAACUUGCAGCUGGAUUGGAUAUUAUGCUACCUAUGAAUGGCUUACUCCUCUUUUACUCAGAGGAUUCCGCCGUCAGAUGACGAUAGAAGAGUUGCCGAAGCUCCCAUGGUACGAUGAGCCUUUUGUACUCCUGUCGAGGAUCCUCGUGGCGCGGGCCAAGUCAAGCCGGAGUUUUUCUACGAUAUUGCGGUAUCUAAGGACAGAAUUAACCUCGAUGGCUAUACUCGCCAUCUUAUCCUUUACCGUGGAACUUUUAACCCCCUUCGCCAUGUAUAAAUUAUUAGGAUACAUAGGCAACCCCGAAGCUGCUAGUGUGAGACCUUGGCUAUGGCUAAUCAUGCUGUCUAUCGGGCCGUUUUCUCGUACCGUCGCUUUCCAGCAAUACAUUUUCGUAGGAACCCGUGUGAUUGUUCGAAUAAAAGCCGCUCUAACUCAGGAACUCUACUAUAAAGCGAUGGGAUCUAUGGAACUAGACGAUGAAGUCUUCAUGGAAAUUGCAGCUUCAGGGAGCGAUAAUGGCAAGUCGAGGAGACUGCAGGCUGCAACGGCCUCAGGUCGUCUUGCUAAUCUCAUGAGCUCUGAUGUUGACGCGAUCACGUAUGGCAGAGACAUCAUGAUGGUGUUCUUCGGAGUCCCUACUGGCACGGUAUUCGUCUUGAUUGGGCUAUACAAGCUGAUGGGAUGGCCAGCGCUCGUUGGUGCUGCGGCUAUGCUUGCUCUGACGCCGCUUCCGCUACUCAUCUCCCGAAAAAUGAUGGGUUACCAACGAGAGAUGAAGCAGAUACAGGACUCCCGCAUUUCAGCCGUAUCCGAGUACCUCUCUUCUAUUAGGGUCAUCAAAUACUUCGCUUGGGAAGAUGCAAUUAUUGAAAAAAUCGAGGCAAUCCGACGAGGCGAGCAAAAGAAGAUAUGGGGUCUGAAUGUACUGUUCAUAUGCUUGGGACAGCUCACUGAAUGUAUCCCUACUUUAGCGCUGUUACUCAUGUUCGGACUUCAUACUGUGGUACGGGAGGAAAAGCUGACGGCCGAGAUUGCUUUCACAUCCAUCAGCCUAGUCAGGACGCUACGGCGCAAUCUAUCUAUGGCCGCACAAUAUUCAAGGCAUUUCACGGGAGCGCUAGUAUCUCUAAGACGUAUAGAUCGUUAUUUUGACAACGUCACGCCUAUACUGCACCACCCCGAUGGCCCUCUGAAAAUCACAAAUGCUUCACUGAGGCGUCACAAAAGGGCUACUUUCUCCCUGAAAGAUAUUUCUAUUAAUUUCGUCGAAGGAGGCUUGAACGUGAUCACUGGUCCUAGCGGGAGUGGAAAAUCAACUUUGCUUCUGGCAAUUUUGGGCGAAACUCUACUUGAAAACGGCUCGAUUACCUGUCCCAGAGAUAUCGCCUAUGCGUCCCAGAGCCCGUGGUUACAAAACGAGACGAUCCGCGGAAACAUUUUGUUCAAUAGCCCUUUUGAGCAAGUAAGAUAUGACCGCGUUAUAGAAGCAUGUGGCCUGACUGUUGACAUGGAUGAGUUUCCCGAAAGAGAUGGGACAGAAGUUGGUGAAAACGGCGCUUCGCUAUCGGGUGGUCAAAAAUCACGAGUGGCCCUAGCCCGCGCUCUGUACUCGAAAGCGCCAGUUAUCCUUCUUGACGAUAUCUUCUCCGCCUUAGACGCAAAGACAUCGGCAAUGCUUUGGAAGGAAGCGUUCUGCGGCGAUUUUCUAAGAGGGCGGACUGUCGUGCUCAUUACCCAGUUGCCCUGGAUCGCGCCCCAAGCAGAUCUCACAAUCGUCUUGGAGAAUGGACAGGUCAAAGAUCUGCAACAUAAUAUAGGAAUCACUCGCCACACAGUAAGUAUAGAUGAGGUUGCACUCGAUCAAAGCAAUAUGGAUGCUACAGUGGAAGUGGCUGCUACCAAUACCGCCGAAGCGAACGAGACGAGCCUCAACGGCAAUGGCCUAAAUGGUCAUGUCAAGUCUGCUGCGUCUAAGCGGCAAGAUGAAGUCACCCAAGAAGCGUUAAAGACAGGUCAAACUGCGCGCCUACAAUUCUUCUCUUAUAUGCGGUUAUUUGGAAGCCCUCUCCACGCCUUAUUGGCUAUUAUGAUGAGCGUAUUAAGCAAUGCGUCUUUCGUGGGAACUACGCUAUGGCUUGCAGUCUGGGUAGACGCGUAUGAAAAGGACGAUGCCUAUGAUGUCGCUUUCUAUCUAGGUAUAUAUGCUCUAUGGACUUUUGGUGAUACAUUCUUCAAUGGCUUGACCUACGUAUGUUACGAGCUGGGUGGCUGGCGCGCGGCGCGCACCUUACAUAAUAACUUCAUGCGGGCUAUUGUGAAUGUGCCUUUGUCUUGGUUCAAGACAACGCCAGUUGGCCGCAUCGUCAAUCGUUUUUCGCGGGACAUGGCCUCCCUCGACACGAAUAUCAUAGGCAUGCUGCGGAUGACCAUCGAGAACGCCGUUCGCCUUUGUUUCCAAAGUUUUGCAGUCAGCGCUGUUCUACCGGUCUUCAUGUUCCCAGUUGCUGCGUGUUGCUUCGUGGGUGUUAUUGCGGGAGAGAUAUAUACUAGGACAGCAGUGGCCAUCAAGCGAUUAGUGUCCUCUGCACAGUCACCUGUUUUCGCGCAUUUCGCAGACAGUCUUGCCGGACUCCAGGUUAUCAGGGCUCGUGCCGGUAUGCCAGAGACUUUUGGAAAUCAGCUCGCAGAGAAGCUACGAGUACUUGAGCAGGCUAUGGAGGCUCAAUUCAACUGCAAUCGCUGGAUAGCGCUCAGGAUCGACAUGAUGACGACUCUUGUCACUGUUGCUGCAGGGGCCAUUGCUGUGUCUAAAGCUGGUGUUGUUGCUGCUGGUAUAGUUGGCUUCUCUCUGUCGAAUGCAACGACACUGAACACACUGAUUGUUAUCUUGGUUCGAGCAAUGAAUGAAGUCGAGGUUGAGCUCCAAAGCUAUCAUCGUGUGAACGAAUACGCCAAGGUUGAACCUGAAGAAAAGCCGGAAGAUUAUAAGCAACAAGGCGCUUACUCGGAUGACCCAUCGAUAGUUCUGCCAAAGAAUUGGCCAAGAAGCGGCGAAAUCGAGUUCCGCAAUGUCACCAUCAAAUAUGACGAGGACGGGCCGGAAAUAUUGAAAAACGUCAACCUUAAAUUCGCAGCCGGCGAAAGAGUAGCCGUAGUUGGACGGACCGGCUCGGGGAAAAGUACACUGGUUUUAUCUUUACUUCGCUUUACCAAUAUUGUGUCAGGUCAAAUAUUCUUUGAUGGUAUUGAUAUAACGAGCUUUCCGCGAAAGAGGCUCCGUGAAGCUAUUACCAUCAUCCCACAGGAAGCGGUGCUGUUCAACGGAGACGUCGGCUCGAACCUCGAUCCGACGAACAAAGUCCCCAAGGAGAUGGUUGAAAAAGCCCUUGAAUACUGCGGCGGGAUUGCAUCCUUCCAAUUCCACCGCGACGAGGAUGGAAACGGCAGCUCUGCUCCACAUGGCCCUGGCAUUACUUUAUCUACAACUGUGAAGGCCAAGGGCGAGAACUUCUCCCACGGUCAGCGCCAGGUUUUAUCCCUGUGUAGAGCCCUCGUUCGUAAAAGCAAGCUGAUGCUGCUUGACGAAGCAACCGCGAGCAUGGACUACGAGACUGAUCAAGGCAUCCAGGAGGUAUUGCGGAAAGAGCUAAAGGAACACGGAGGCGACAGGACGCUUGUUACUAUUGCCCACAGACUGAAAACUAUUGUUGACUAUGAUCGCGUGGUAGUUAUGAGCGCUGGCUCGGUUCUAGAGUAUGUUCGGAAACCUAACCCUUACCCAUGAACUCCAGAGAAAUACGUUGCUGACCAUGAUUCUUUCUGCUGCGCAGGGUGGGCAGUCCUAAGGACUUGUACGAAGCGAAGGGGCAGUUUUAUGACAUGAUGAGACAUAGUGGAGAGUUUGAAGAUCUAGAGAGAUUCCUCACUGGAAAAGCAUGAUAGAAAGCUACCUUAUGUAGAUAAUACCUUCUUUCUUCCUUGGCCAUUCUAUGAUUGCAGACAUCACGUUACCAGGUACAUACAUAGUACAUCAAUCAUGGCAGAAGUCAUGGGGGUCGCGAAUACCCACAGCAGAUCCCACAGGUACCUACACUACCUACCUACUAAG